GCCAUGGCAAUCUCUUUCGGAAGGUGCGAAAGCGAGAGAAUGAUGAACACGAGGGUUGGCGGGUGGGUCUCGACGGUUAGUGUUCCGCUUUCAAUUGGCCAAAGGUCUCCACCAACGGGAGUUUACCUCUAGGUGACGAGACCUCUGGAAACCGAGUAACCGUCACAUUUCGACUCGGCCAAUCCAAUCUAAUCGACAUGACCGGACGCGGCAAAGGUGGUAAGGGGCUCGGUAAGGGAGGAGCAAAGCGUCAUCGCAAGGUGUUGCGUGACAACAUCCAGGGCAUAACCAAGCCGGCUAUCAGGCGUCUCGCCCGUCGUGGUGGAGUCAAACGUAUCUCAGGCCUGAUAUACGAGGAGACCCGAGGUGUUCUAAAAGUUUUCCUGGAGAACGUCAUCCGUGACGCAGUCACCUACACUGAGCACGCCAAGAGAAAGACCGUCACCGCCAUGGACGUGGUCUACGCUCUGAAACGCCAGGGCCGCACUCUGUACGGUUUCGGCGGUUAAGCUGCUCACCGAUCCCUGUGGAGCUGUGUGCGGGACCAUGUCGCACGCCCCACUCCCUAAAAACGGCCUUUAUCAAGGCCACCAAUAUUGUCAUUCGUUUUACACCCAAGCUUGUACGCUGUUUAUAUCUUACAAUUUCAUAUCAUUCCAACGCUUAAACAGACAUGAAAACCGUCAGAACUCUUGUCACAAUACAAACGAUUCGAUAGAUUCGAUACAACUAACUACCAACUGUUGACUGUUCAGU